AUGGCAACCCUCGAUUCACCCGUCCUUAUCCAGCUUUCACCCAAACGCCACAUCUACGAGGCUGUUGUCUAUGAGGCUCCGUACAGCGCACCUUCCACGACAUCCCAUAACGAUGUACUUCACGGCCAAGAAACCCCCCUUGCCAUCGUCAAAGCAUCAGAAACCCAUAACGAAGAUGCCCAUCGUCGCUGGAGACCGCGUUAUCACCUCAUGCCGCCAACCGGCUGGCUGAACGACCCUUGUGCACCAGGCUAUGACGCCGUCCAUGAUGUUUAUCAUGUCGGAUUCCAGUGGAAUCCCAAGAAGCCAGAAUGGGGCGAUAUUUCAUGGGGAAGUGCACUUUCAAAAGACCUGGUGACCUGGGAGGUCAGUGACAGUCCAUCUAUUCGACCGUCGAAGAAGCAUGAUGGAGAAGAAGGGGUUUUCACAGGAUGUUGGAGUCCAGUAACCUCAAUACCCGGCCGAAGCACUGCAUUCUAUACUUCAGCGCGGAGGCUUCCGAUACACCAUACACUUCCCUACAACUGGGGUUCUGAGGCAAUUUGUAUCGCCACGUCCAACGACGCCGGUCGCACAUGGCUGAGGGGCAAUGCACCGACUGUUCUGGAUGGCCCUCCUCGCCACCUCGAUGUUACAGGCUGGCGGGAUCCAUACGUUGCUAAGUGGCCUUCACUCAGUCGGCUCCUAGGAGACAGGCCAGAGGAGGCGCUAUUUGGCAUUGUUUCUGGUGGUGUUCGAGGCAUCGACCCUGCAAUAUUUCUCUACUCUCUCGAACAGGACGAUUUAACAGCCUGGAACUUCCUCUCUGUGCUGACUAUAGCACCAACCCCUCAAGGAAACCAUCAUUCCCAAUGGGAGCCCGACUAUGGUGCAAACUGGGAAGUGGUCAACUUUCUUUCACUCCCCGACCCUGAUGACCCAGCGAUAAGCCAUGAGGUACUUAUGAUUGGAGUCGAGGGGCGUAAGCAAGUCGACGUCAAGCCUUCUGGACGGCAUCGCCAUUCAGAGUUCAGAAGGGAUCAUUGCCAGAUGUGGGUUUCGGGCCCUUUAGUGCAGACUUCAGAAAGGAUACAGAUGCAAUUCCGUUCUGGCGGUGCCCUGGACUAUGGAGCAAUUUAUGCUGUCAACUCCUUCCACGAUCCGAGAUCCAAUCAGCAAGUUGCGUUUGGCUGGAUUAUUGAGGAAGAUCUCUCUGCAGAACUGAAGGGGGCACAAGGAUGGGCAGGACUGUUGUCGGUCCCCAGAGUCAUUCGGUUGAGCAGGAUUCGUCAUGUUGUCCAUGCGUUGAAGUCAGAUCUGACAGCUAUCAAGUCAUUUGACGUGGUGCUAGAGGACAAGACGCAGCAGGAGUCACUGUUCCCGAAAGACUCUCCUCAGACCUACACGAUUACGACAGUGUGUGCUUUGCCAGACCCUAGACUCAACAAACUUCGUCAAAGCAAGCGGUCCAUGGGUCCAAUCAGCUCUCGCACCUUGCCCAAAGGUCGGGGAAGCUUGGAAUUUCCCCUGGGGUGCUCCUGCUGGGAGCUCGAUGUAUCUUUCGAUAUUGGAAAUGACGUGGAGAGUAUCGGCUUCAUAAUAAGCCACACGAAAGUCUCGUUUAGCCCUGAUUUAGAGAAGCUUACAAUCACACGAGCUCAAUCCACCAGCAUGACAGACAUAUGCGUGGCAGAUGAAGAGGCACCACAUACCCUCUUUACGACCUUAUCUCCCGAAACUGCUGCAGGAGCUGAGCCAUCACUGUCUGAGGAACCCUUAAGACUCAAUGCAUUCUUUGAUCAUUCAGCCAUUUGUGGUAAGGAAGAGUGA